UGUGAGUCAGUGUGUUUUCGGUAGUUUUCGUAUUUCAAUUUAUCAUCGUCAUGGUAAAUUAUUGUGUUUGUGGAGGUUGCACAAACUCCAGCCUGUCAGGACAUCGAGUCCACAGGUUUCCCAACAGCAAAAAGGAUGGUGCUAUCUUCCGUGCCUGGGUGCGUUUUGUGCAGGUGAAGAGACGGGAUUUCACUUAUGCAUCUGCUUCAAAAAACGCAGUGGUGUGUAGCGUUCACUUUACACCGGAAGAUUAUCAUCCCGGAGAUAUGAUGCAGUUUAAUAUGGGAUGCCGAAGCAAGAACCAAGUGAGGCUCAGAGUUGGUGCGGUUCCAUCGGUGCACGCAACACCUUCAUCGGGUCCGCCGUCGUCCACAUGUGGUUCGGCCCCCGGCGGGAAAAGUGAUGGUCACGGAUCCGUCAGAGAUACAGCUCGACGAAAACGUGAACUAUGCACUGCUUUGGGAGACAUUGCUAGUAAUGGAGGAGAUGCAUGUACAGCUAGUGCUGCAGUGUUUGUUGACCCAGAGCAAGAGGCUUUAUUUCCACUGGCCCCUCAAUCAUCUGUGCUUCACUUUGGCUCACAGUGUAACCUCAGACCUUCACAUCGUUCAUCAGCUGUCCAGGCACAGCCCAAGAUGGUCAGUGUGGGGACCCAGACAGAAAGGUUUGAGAAACAAACAUCAACUCCACUGCCCAGUCCUGUGCACAGUGAUGAUGAAUCAUGCUCUGUUUUAAUGGACAAACCUGGUGAUGCGUCAUGGAUCCCAGAGGAGGAAAUGAGAAGUGACUUAUCUGAUGAGGAACCAAUGCAGGAAUCUCACCCUGACCUCAAUGCUCCUGACAAGUUCAUUGUAUGCCAAAGCCAGCUGAUGUCUCUAUUCACAAUUUGCCCAGCAUGUUGUGGGGAAACCCAAGGAAAGGUUGAGAAGCAGGAGGGAACUUUUUAAAAAAUAAAGCAAGUCUGUGCAGCAUGUGGGUAUCAGCGUUUUUGGCAGAACCAGCCAAUGCUGCAUCGAAAUAUGCCAGCCUGCAACCUCUUACUG